UUUUAAAAGACGAUUCGCCGGCGCUAGUCCCGUGCAUUGGUGGUGAUACUUUCACUUAUUCCAGUCGUGGCUGAGCGUUAAUCAAGCGAAUGAAGGGCUCAUAUCUGUUAUCGCGACAAGCUAAGAUAUUAAAGGUUUCGUGAUAUCUUUCAUUUGCUCUAAUUUUAAUGUAAGAGGCAGUCGCUAGGAUUGAAAUACUACCGUGCAUGAUGUCGAAGCACGAAGGUGUUAAAUUCACAUUCACCUGGAUUAUUGAAAAUUUCAGCAUGUGUCAUCAGUCGAUGGGGCAAUUUUUUGACAGUCCAUUAUUUGCUUUUAUUUCUUUACCUGGCAUGGAAUGGAGUAUACGCUUAUAUCCAAAUGGUAAGCUCAGUAAUAAUUCUAUAGUUGUUUGUCUAGUAAGAGCUGAUGAUUUUUCUGAAGAAUGUAGCGUCAAAUUCAGCAUGCAGAUAGAUUGUAAUGAACAGGUGUUGUUUAGAGUAACUGAUGUAACUAAAAUCUUUAAUGUUAAAACAGUAUGGGAAUCCGAAAACUUUCUUAAAAACGAUUCCUUUCUCCUGUAUUUGACAAAUGACAUUCUCGUCAUAAAAUGCACUUUGCAACCAAUGUGUCAGCAUAGUGAGGAAGACGUAUUUCCGCCUCUUUCGUACGAAAACGGAAUUUUCACAGACGUUGUAUUACGAGCCGAAGAUACAUCCUUUAAAGUGCAUAAAGCAGUUUUAUGGGCAAGGUGGCCUAAACUGGCAGAAAAACUGGAUGAAAAGGAUACUAGUGAACAAGUUCUGGAUAUUCAACCGAAUGUGUUGGCCGCUAUCAUUGAGUAUAUUUACACAGGAAGCAUAAAUUUCAGUCCAUCUGAAUCUUUAGAAUUCUACCAGGCUACUGAGAAAUAUAAAAUUCGCUGUCAAAAUUCUUUACCUUUUAUUGCUCAGAAAGUGAAAACCCGAAUCAAUGCAGAAAAAAUAUCAUUUCAGUGGCCAAUCGAAAAUUUCUUCAGCCUACCUGGUAAUACAGAUUUAUACAGCUAUGUGUUUGCUGUCAGAAGUGUAAGUUCUUGUAAAUGGAAUUUAAAACUGCAUAUUUUGAGCUGUCAAGGAGUGUUCGAAAUUUUCCUCUGUAAAGCAGACGACAAUGAAUGCCCACCGAUUUUUGUGAGAAGCAAAGUAUCUCUUCAUGGAGUAACUGCUCAUAAUGAACACUUGUUCGAAAUGGACAAAAAUUGGAGACUUGCGCAAAAGUAUAAAAUAAUGAGUAAUUCAGUACUACUUGAGUGUGAAUUUAAAUUUUCGAACUGCCAUUAUUCUUCUGAAAUUCUGGAAUCUUCGUGCAAGUUUAUUUCUUCUACAAAAUGCCCUUAUUAUACCAGUAAUUUUAGAAGUAUGUAUAAAAGCGGAAAAUUGUCGGAUGUUAAUAUAGUAGUCGGUUCAGAUUAUUUCCCCGCACACAAAUUUAUUCUGUGCGCACGAUCCUCGGUAUUUUCUAGAAUGUUCCACUCUGAAAUGAGUGAAUCGACAAGCAGCAGUGUUGUGAUAUCUGAUGUGGAACCUGAUAUAAUGGAUGAACUGCUUUUGUUUAUGUAUUCCGGAAAGCUAGAGAAACCCUUGGAAGAAACAGCAAUGCUAUUGUACUCAGCAGCUGAUAAAUAUGACGUACCUGCUCUCAAGAAAAUGUGCUCAUUAUUUCUGAAAUUCAAUUUCCACAUCAGAAAUAUAUGCAGCGUUCUGCAGUUAGCUGAUAUGCAUUCCGAUUCUGAUCUAUAUCUUAGCGCAUUACAGUUUUUUUCUAUCCAUGCUCGAGAAAUUUUCUUAACCGAUGAGUGGAAAGAGAUCUCUGAAGAUAGCUCGUGGGUUAAACAUUUAGAAAAUGUGAUGUGUCUUAAAAAUCACAGGAAAUAAUCGAUAUAAAAUGUGACCAGAUAACUAAAUAGCUUUGCGACUGAAAAAUAUGCUAUUUCAUAUUAAUCAUUGAUAUGUCGUGCAUUUAACACAGUUUAGUACACUAUCCUCUAUUUAGCACAGUUUUAUUAAAGAAUCAUGAAGUCAGAAUAACUACGAAAUCUUUAUUUAACAAGUUAGAGAGUUUGCUUUAACUCAGAUAGAACACAGAGUUAACAGUCUUUGCAAACAUUUAAACAUUAAAACAUUUGAAACGUUGAAAUAUAGAACUUACAAGAUACUUAUUUUUAAGUUUUAAAUAUUUUCAGGCUAACCUGUUAGGCAAUAUUAUGAGGAGUAUAUAUUCCAUAAAAGAAGGUAACAUGCUGAAAAGAAUGAAGCACAAAUACAACGUUAAGCACAAAAUCUUUAAGACUUCUUCAUCUGAACAUAAGUUAGAAUCCUAUCUCGCCAAUAUCGUCUGGAGCUCUCUUUUUUGUUUUCCUUUUUUUGACGUUGCCAAAUUUCGUUAUGUAAAAGUGACACUAAUUUAUUCUAACAUUCACAAAAUAGGUUAUUUAUGUGAGACUGCUUUUGUAAAAUUUUCUUUUAUAUAAUAAUUGCACAUUCUUAGCAAUGAAAAAAAGUGAAUAACUUAUUCAUUUAUAUGAUUUAAAAUAUUAUGCAAAAUUAUUGUUUGCUGUUUUGCCAUUGCAUUUUAUAAAUUCGUUAUCUCCUAUACUUAAAAACUUAAACGAAGGAAAAAUUAAGUUGGAAAAUCAAAAUCUAAAUUAUACCUCUAACUGCUUUAGAACAGUGGCAAAAUUAAUUAAUUUUGAAAUGUAAUCAAAGAAAAUUAUAGCAUCAUAAUUCGAAACUUUGCCUUGAUUAUGUUUGAAUUCUGAUAUUUGAAUUUCCUUUGAUUAUGUUUUGAAUUAAAAUAUUUGAUUUUGUUUUGAAUUUUAUAUUUGAAUUUAUUCUUCCCCUCUUUUUUUUUUUUUAAUUGUAGUCCAAAGGGGAAGGGGUCCCUGAACGACUAUUGUUUUCGUUUUGCGACUUUGCGUUGGUUCACUACAAAUGUCCGUUUCACCUUUCAAACUGUUGCCAUCAAAUGUUAGAGUAAUUAAAUAAUGAAAAAUCUGCAUAAAUCUAUGUAUA